GGCAACUUUUGCAGCUCUCUCCCCGCAGGACCGGCAUGAGGAGCUAGCGGAGAAAGACCCCGUUCCGUCCCGGGGGGGAGGAUCCUUCCCGGUUUCCCGGCUGCCUCCCCGCUCCCCUCCCAGGAAGACCUGGGCUCGCAGUCCCCGGAGCGGCGCGGGGAGAAAGGGAUGCGGGCAGGAGGCGGCGGGGCGACGCUUUGGCGGCGGCUGCAACGGAGGCUCCGCUCCGGAGAGACCCAGAGUCGGCUCAAGAUGGCAGAUUGCGAUUGAGUUUUUGCCACGCCGGGGGAGGGAGGGGGGCCAGGAGGAGGAGGAGGAGGAGGAAGAAGACGAGGACGAGGCCCCCCUCGAAGGAGAACACACACACACACAUCCACAGCCACACCACCCUGCUCUCGUGGCCAUGAAUAACAGGCAAACCUCGCACCCAUGGCCCCCAUGUACGAAGGUAUGGCCUCACAUGUGCAAGUUUUCUCCCCUCACACCCUUCAAUCAAGUGCCUUCUGUAGCGUGAAGAAACUAAAAGUGGAACCGAGUUCUAACUGGGAUAUGACUGGGUACGGCACACAUAGCAAAGUCUACAGUCAGAGCAAGAACGUUCAAUCCGCUCAAGCAGCCGCCACCAUCAACGCCUCUCUCCAGAUCCCGAACCCAAACAUCCCUUAUGAGCAGACCAUCAUCUUCCCAGCCAGCACAGGACACAUUGUGGUGACAUCCGCCAACAGCACCUCUGGUGUGGUUGCAGUAUCUGGACAAGCGUUGGGUGGACCACACAACCUGAUGCGGCGAAGCACUGUGAGCCUUUUGGACACCUACCAAAAAUGUGGACUUAAGCGAAAGAGUGAGGAAAUUGAGAACACAAGCAGCGUUCAGAUUAUCGAAGAGCAUCCGCCAAUGAUUCAGAACAAUGCCAGUGGGGCCACAGUAGCCACCACAACCACAUCCACUGCUACAUCCAAAAACAGUGGCUCCAACAGUGAAGGGGAUUAUCAGCUGGUACAACAUGAAGUUCUGUGUUCCAUGACCAACACAUAUGAAGUAUUAGAAUUUCUUGGCCGGGGAACCUUUGGGCAAGUGGUCAAAUGCUGGAAACGUGGCACCAAUGAAAUUGUGGCCAUUAAGAUCCUUAAAAACCAUCCUUCAUAUGCCCGGCAAGGCCAAAUUGAAGUGAGCAUACUGGCCCGGUUAAGCACUGAAAGCGCAGAUGAUUACAACUUUGUCCGCGCCUAUGAAUGUUUCCAGCAUAAGAACCACACCUGCUUGGUCUUUGAGAUGUUGGAACAGAACCUCUAUGAUUUCCUGAAGCAAAACAAAUUCAGCCCACUGCCCCUUAAGUACAUUAGGCCAAUUCUGCAACAGGUAGCCACAGCCCUAAUGAAAUUGAAAAGUCUGGGCUUGAUUCAUGCAGACCUCAAGCCGGAAAACAUCAUGUUAGUAGAUCCAUCUCGGCAGCCAUACCGGGUCAAGGUCAUAGACUUUGGAUCUGCUAGCCAUGUGUCGAAAGCUGUAUGUUCAACGUACCUUCAGUCCAGAUACUAUAGAGCCCCUGAAAUCAUCCUUGGUUUACCCUUUUGUGAAGCAAUUGAUAUGUGGUCUCUGGGAUGCGUCAUUGCAGAACUUUUCUUGGGCUGGCCUUUAUAUCCAGGAGCUUCAGAGUAUGAUCAGAUCCGAUACAUUUCACAGACACAGGGUUUGCCAGCUGAAUAUUUGUUGAGUGCCGGGACAAAGACAACAAGGUUUUUUAACAGGGAUACAGACUCACCUUAUCCAUUGUGGAGGCUAAAGACGCCAGAUGAUCAUGAGACAGAAACAGGAAUCAAGUCAAAAGAAGCAAGAAAGUAUAUUUUCAACUGUUUGGAUGAUAUGGCCCAGGUGAAUAUGACCACAGACUUGGAAGGAAGUGAUAUGUUGGUGGAAAAGGCAGACCGGCGGGAGUUCAUUGAUCUGUUAAAGAAGAUGUUGACAAUAGACACAGAUAAGAGGAUAACACCGAUUGAAACGCUGAACCAUCCAUUUGUCACCAUGACACACCUACUUGAUUUCCCUCAUAGCACUCAUGUCAAGUCCUGUUUCCAAAACAUGGAGAUUUGCAAGCGACGUGUGAACAUGUAUGACACAGUGAACCAGAGCAAAACACCAUUCAUUACUCAUGUGGCCCCAAGUACAUCAACCAACCUAACCAUGACCUUCAAUAACCAGCUCAAUACAGUCCAUAACCAGGCCACCACCCUGGCUCCCACCUCCACCACCAGUGCCACUAUUUCCUUAACCAAUCCUGAGGUCUCCAUACUAAACUACCAAUCUGCACUCUACCAGCCCUCGGCAGCAUCCAUGGCCGCGGUGGCCCAGAGGAGCGUGCCCUUGCAGACAGGAACGGCGCAGAUAUGUGCUCGCCCUGACCCCUUCCAGCAAGCCCUCAUCGUAUGUCCUCCAGGCUUUCAAGGACUGCAAACAUCUCCUUCAAAGCAUGCUGGCUAUUCUGUCCGAAUGGAGAAUGCUGUCCCAAUAGUCACUCAGGCCCCGGGGGCUCAGCCCCUUCAAAUUCAGCCAGGACUUCUAGCACAGCAAGCUUGGCCUAGCGGUGCUCAGCAAAUCCUGCUCCCGCCAGCUUGGCAGCAACUGACUGGGGUAGCUGCCCACACCUCGGUCCAGCAUGCGGCUGUCAUCCCAGAAACUAUGGCAGGAACCCAGCCCCUGGCAGAUUGGAGAAAUACGCAUGCUCAUGGCAGCCAUUAUAAUCCCAUCAUGCAACAGCCUGCACUUUUAGCAAGUCACGUCACCCUUCCAGCAGCUCAGCCCUUAAAUGUUGGUGUAGCUCACGUUAUGAGGCAACAGCCAACCAGCACCACCUCCUCGAGGAAGAGCAAACAGCACCAGUCAUCAGCAAGAAAUGUGUCCAACUUUGAGGUGUCCUCUUCUCAGACGAUCAGCUCUCCGCAGCGGUCAAAGCGCGUGAAGGAGAACACCCCACCUCGCUGUGCCAUGGUGCAUAACAGCCCUGCCUGCAGCACCUCUGUCACUUGCGGGUGGGGCGAUGGGGCUUCCAGUACCACACGGGAACGGCAGCGACAGACGAUUGUCAUUCCUGACACACCCAGUCCUGCAGUCAGUGUUAUCACCAUCAGUAGUGACACGGACGAGGAGGAAGAGCAGAAGCACGCACCCACCAGCCCGGUGUCUAAGCAAAGAAAAAACGUCAUCAGCUGUGUAACUGUACAUGACUCCCCUUACUCUGAUUCCUCUGGCAACAACAGUCCCUAUGCAGCGCAGCGCCGUGGAGGAAAUAACAAUGGAAACACCUAUGAUGCCAAGGGAGUCCCGGAAACACAUUGCAAUGGCAAUCCCCGGACAAUUAUUGUGCCACCGCUGAAAACCCAGGCCAGUGAGGUGUUAGUAGAAUGUGAUAACUUAGUCCCGGUCACCACCAGUCACCACUCUUCCUCCUACAAGUCAAAGUCCUCCAGCAUCGUGACCUCCACCAGCGGUCACUCUUCAGGGAGCUCAUCUGGAGCCAUCACCUACAGGCAGCAGCGGCCAGGACCACAUUUCCAGCAGCAACAGCCUCUUAAUCUUAGCCAGGUCCAGCAGCACAUCACGACCGAUCGCACAGGGAGUCAUCGGCGACAGCAAGCCUACAUCGCUCCCACAAUUGCUCAGGCACCAUAUUCCUUCCCACACAACAGCCCCAGCCAUGGCACAGUCCACCCACACUUGGCUGCUGCCGCCGCCGCUCACCUACCCACUCAACCUCACCUGUACACUUACACCGCUCCUGCUGCUCUGGGCUCCACAGGCACGGUGGCCCAUUUGGUGGCUUCGCAAGGCUCGGCUCGCCACACUGUACAGCACGCUACAUACCCAGCCAGCAUUGUCCACCAAGUUCCAGUCAGCAUGGGCCCUCGUGUCCUCCCGUCUCCCACAAUCCACCCAAGUCAAUAUCAGGCUCAGUUUGCCCACCAGACCUACAUCAGUGCGUCUCCCGCCUCCGUCUACACUGGGUACCCCCUGAGCCCUGCCAAGGUCAACCAGUACCCCUACAUCUAACCACUGGAAUGUGGAAACAGACAAGCAAAAUAACACGGGAUGAAAAUGGUGGCUGCUUUUAUACUGAAGGACGCUCCAGGCGAAUGAACAAUGCAAUGGGAGGCUCAAACAAAACUUGAACAAACAAUUUGAGGAAGAUGCUAGAGGAAAGGAGAGACAAGGUUGAUCCCAGUCCUACACUUUUUAUUUAAAAAAAAGAAAAGAAAAGAAAAAAGCUUAAAAGAAUGAAAAACAAUAACAUAGAAAAAAAACACUCUGCACCAAACCACAUGGUGGGGGAAGCAGAAGGGCCGUAAUUGUCGGGUCCGGCUUUUGGAUAAAUUCACCAAUAGACUUUUACAGAUUAUUUUCAUCUGAUUCCAGGAGACUACAUUUAGGAAUUUGCUGUUCAGACCUUCUAGUGCAAAGUUUCAUAGGUGUUUGGGUAUAUAUUUUUUGUUAAAUUAAGGCAAGAAGCAUACACAAUUAGGGAUUUAUCCAGAUUUUCAAAAGGGUUAUUGCGUUGUCAUUGCACUGGUUGCUGUAGCCUAAAAUACAAAAAAAAAAAAGACAAUUUCAAAAGUGUGAUGUGUUUUCUGUUGGGAAGAGUAGAGGAACAAGCAAAGAAUGAGGGAUGUCUUGGAGUACUCCAGCUCUCUCAGUCUCAGGCUUUGUAAUUGUGGGCGGGGGCGGGACAGUUACUCUAAGCAGAGAAUAAUUAUAUGGUGAAAUCCGGGUCAAGUGGGAUAUUUGUUCUCGUUCUGAACACCCUGGAUAAAUCCCUGAGAUAUGUUAUUCUUAAAAGUCUUUAAUAAUGUACAAUAGUAUCUCCUCUUCCUUACUUGGAAAUACUUUACUUCCUUCCUUUCUUUCUUUUAUUGGAAAACCCCUUGCCAUUUGCAGCCCAAUCCUAACAGUUCCUACUCCACCACCAAAACAUGGCCCAUAUAUUAUGCUCACAUUAUGGCACCCUUGCCAGCCAAGAGAUAAUCUCAACUUGGUUAGGAUUGGGCUGUUAGUGUAGGAGUAGGCGUUCUAGCUGGUCCUUGGUAGAAUGUAGCACUAUACCAUACAUGCACCCUUUUUCUACUUUGUGUUAAACUCCAAUGAUACCAAUAGACUAUUCCUCAAUGUGAUUGCACAAAACGUGAUAUAACAUAGGCAUGUAACAAAUGUGAUUGUCCAGGUAUAUAUGUGUGUGCGUGUGAGUAUGUGUGUGUGUGUAUGCGCAUGUGCGCGCUGAUGCUGCCUUCUCUUGUGGUGUGGUCCUCAGCACAGCCAUUACAAACUGUCACAGUCUUAGUUUUACAUCAUUCCCUUGUAGUGCCUUACCAAACUACAGUUGCGGUUUUAAGGGUUUACUUCCACUGGUACUUCUAGAAACUAAUUUGAGACUGGUUGGAAUUUAAUCUCAGCUCUUUUCCUUCUUUUGGUGUUCCUUAUUGUUGCUUUCCUUCUUCCAGAUGUUUUGGUUUCUUUUAUAUUUGUGCAUUGUCUUUCUUGGGUAAGUUGCAAGGGUCAGGAGAGAGUGAGAGAGAGAGAGAAAGAGAGAGAUAGAGAUAGAAAGAACCUAUGAGAAUGUGGCUGGAAUGUAAAAACGGAUGGGGCUAAGAGGGUUGUAUGGGAAUUGAAAUGACAGGGAUGGUUCUUAGGCCCUAAAGCAGCUUUCCAAUUGUCUUGGUGGGGAUCUUGACUGAUUUCCUAUGAGGAUGCUCAAUUUUCCCCAUUAUUCUUUGCCAUUUGCAGUUCUUAGAUAUAUGUAGAUAUAUAUUUAACGAAAGAGAGAGGAGGAAUGGGGGCAAGGAGAGGGCUCCCAAGCUUGCUUUGGAUUAGAAAUACAUAGUACCUCAUGUUAAAUUGUGAUGUCUGAAUUGGGGGUGUGGGAUGGGGAAAAUGAUUACUUGAGAAGGACUCUAUAUUUUCACUUGAAUGCUUUCACCAGUAAAAGAAAUAUGAGUUUGAAAGGAACAUUGUCUAGAGCAGAGUUUCUCAAACUGUGCUCCUCCAGAUGUUUUGGACUUCAACUCCCACAAUUCCUAACAGCUGGUAAAAUGGCUGGGAUUUCUGGGAGCUGAAGUCCAAAACACAUGUCCAAAGCACAGUUUGAGAAACUCUUGACUAGAGCAUCAUCCUUAGGUUGGUUUGAGAAGUUUUUCUUUCUUCCCUGAAGAAACAAUUGCAUUGGCACCAAAGCAAGUGAGACAGCUACAUCAGGGCUCAGUCACUGCCUUCGAUUAGGCUGUACUACCUGAUCACAAUUUCCAAUGAGUAAGAGUUGAAUCACUGCUAGGUAGUAUAUAUUGCAGCUCCACUGUGUGCAAAAUUCUGAAAUCUUGGACACUCUAUGAUUAUAGCUAUCCAUAUUAAAAUUACUGUGUUUUGUUUUUUAAAAAAUCACUGUUCGGAUUCACUAGUUGAACUCUGUGUCCCCAGCUCCAAAAAAAAGUAGGUUUCCAAAGAGAAGCUGUUAUACAAUGUAUAAAAUAAUACAUGAAGGAUUCAAGGAAUGCUUUACCACUACACCAAUGCAAGUGGGUGGUUCUGUUGGGUCCGUGCUUUGCAUCCCCCUGUCCACACUGGAUGCAUACUUGUAUUGGUGGCCUGUGACCUGCAAUGGAUGUAUGCCUACAUACCCUGUUUUCCCCAAAAUAAGUCAGGGUCUUAUAUUAAUUUUUGCUCUAAAAGAUGCAUUAGGGCUUGUUUUCAGGGGCAGUCUUAUUUUUCCAAAUUGACUUUUUAAAUGGAUUAAAUCUAGGGCUUAUUUUUUGAAAUAGGGCUUAUAUUUCAAGCAUCCUCAGAAAUGCUGACAAAUCAUGAUAGGUCUUAUUUCGGGAUAAGUCUUAUUUUGGGGGAAACAGGGUAGCUAUUGAGUAGCACUACAACUGUAUUUGUGAAUUCAGAAAAGGAGUGUUUAGGUCAUAGCGUAAGAAGUUGAGAAAGGGCAGGUCAAGUAGCUGAGAGGAGGAGGAGGGAUCCCUGGGAUGGUUAAGGCAAAAAGGGUUCUUAAGGUGUGUGUUGGCAAGAAAGACAAGUACAGUUGUUAUAUCUGGAAGUGGGUGCACAUACUUCUCCCUGGAGGAAGGAAUGGCUCUCACCUUUGUUGGACAUUAUUAUUUGUUUGUUUUUCCCUACAGCAAAUCCUCAAAUCCUCCAAUUUCAAACUGAGCUUCAUUUUCAUUCUCCCCACCCCCAUUUAUCUCCCCUUUGUCCCAUAAACAGUCAUCUAAAUAGCAAGAUUGUCUUUUCAACAAUCCAUUCACUUUCUGUCUUACUCUGAAGAAAACCCUUUCCCAGUUUCAUCCCAUUAACCUGGCCUCUCCCCAACCAAACUUUUCAUGAAUGGCAUUCCUGCCCUUUCCACCCUCAUCUACAAUGAAAGCUGCUUGUGUCAUUGAAAGGAAGGAUUUUAUUUUGUGGUUGUUAUUGUAUUAUUGUUAUUAUCAUUAUUGAUGUUAAUAUGUUAUAUUUACUCUUUGUUUUAAUUGCACAUGCUUUCCCACAUCUUUGUGUUGUUAUGAUGAUGUUGUUAUCGUUGUAAUCUGAAUAUUAAUAGCUAAUUAUGUUAUUUCUCUCCCUUCCACUCUGCAUCAGAAUGCUUGCUCCACAUGAAGAUUUUGCAGGAAAAGAAAGACAAGGGAUACUCUGGUUGAAAAAAAAUGUGUAUAUCACAGAAAAGAGAAACAAAGACAUAGGCUCUGUUUAGAUAUCAUAGUAAAACCUUGGCUUUCCACUCUGUGGUUGAGUUGUAGGCUCAAUAUGCUCCCACCUUCGUAGUCUACCAUACCACAGUUAAUACACAGAAUGUCCUAAGGCUAUCCAGUUAGGGUUGGAAGAUUAUCCUUUUAGAAACUUGGUAUUGCUGAUGCCAGAGUUGACAAAACUGAGCUAGAUGUACCAUGGAUCUCAUGUACUAGGAGGCAAUUUUCUAUGUUGUGGUGCUAAUCUCACAACAGCUCUCCAUGAUGGAAGUUUUCAAACUUUGGAGAAGUACUCAAACCAGGCCAAAAACACUAUUUUAGAACUUGACAUGUUCUUUCUAGGAACCAUAAUGAAUAUAACAACAGAAAAAAUAUGCUUCCAUUCUCCUCACUUAGAGCAGUGAUUUUCAACCUGUGGGUCCCCAGAUGUUUUAGCCUUCAACUUCCAGAAAUCCUAAUAGCUGGUAAACUGGCUGAGAUGUCUGGGAGUUGUAGGCCAAAAAAUCUGGGGACCCACAGGUUGAGAACCACUGACUUAGAGGAAAAAGCAGUGUGCAAAUUGAAGGCUUUCCAUGGAUUGUUUACCUAGCUGGAAGUGAUCUCAGUGAUGUCAUGUGCAAUGGAUACCUUUGAAAUUCUGGGAAACCUUCAUUAGGUAUCUUCAUUUUUUUUGGAGGGGUGCUCAUUUAGACUUAAACCAAACAACUGCAAUAACUGGAUUCAAGGAAGGUGCAGGAUUGAUCCCAGGUUGGAGGAACCAAUAUGUGAUUAAUUGCUGUGAUAUCAAAAUAACUUAGUAGGCCUCCAGAACAUUUUAUUACAGGAUCAAAGCCUUCAGGGCGCUGUAAUAAAUUCUUGAUUUAAGUAGUUUAGUUCAACCUCCUGCUUUCUAAACAUGAUGUGUUAGGGAAAUGUUUUGGCAACUUAACAGCAAUGAUGUUUAUGAAGCUAAGUAUCUGUGGUGUAGUAACUAGGGUUGUGGUUACUUAAAUCCAAAGAACUCAGAAUAAAGCAUGAUCUCUUUUGCCCUUUAAUAUUGCACAAGAUUAAAGUCAUCUGCCCAGAAUAGUCUGUAUUUCCACCUUCCCAAAGCAUCUAUUAUUUUCUUUUAAUUAUUAAUACUUACAGCUACUUGUGAGGGUUGUCUUUACUAGUUGUAUAAAAUAAUAUUAAUGUCUUUUAUUAAAUGACCUCCACUCUGUCCUUCUGUUUAGCUGCAAAUGAAGAGUUUGGAUUCUCUUUGACAUAAUUUUAUCCAGUAGAUCAUCUUAGGGCACCAUUUUUGGUGUGUUUCAUGAAUUAAUAUUUAUUGACUUAUUUGUGGCAAGAAAGGGAAGUUUUAAUCCCACACUCUGAAAUGUUUUAUUUAUAUAUUUCAUGUUUUAUAUGCACGCACACAUACCCUUCUCCCUUUUUUCUGUAUAGAAUUACUGAUAAUAUAGAAAUGGAGUUUUAAGGGCUUUCACUGGAGGCAAUGUUAAGCAUAGAUGUCAUAGGCAAUCAUCACUCAUCUCUUCACACCACCCAAAUUGUUCUUUGAUUAAAUGCCUUACUACUAGUGGGAGUAAGAUGUGGAAGACAGUAUUCCGAGAGGAAAUUCACAUUUGCUAGACAAAUUGAAAAUUGUGGAUUUCUUCUGGGGAAAAAGAUGCAAAUAGUGUUUUCUCGAUUACUUCUUUUUCCUCCUCCUUCUCUUCUUCUAUCUUUGUGCCUAAUACAUCAAAGCAAUGAUUCUGAGGCAUAGAGGAGUGAAGGUCAUGUUUAAUAUAGGAAGAAAAAGAACAGCUUGCUGCAAACAAUUUUAAUCAGAAAUGGUGGUGACAUUGCUAUGUUUUUGGCAUGGUCUUGAAACUCUUUUGAACCUAUGCAGGAGACCUGCAGUUUGAUGGUGGCACAAGUAUGCUUGCAUUGAUCACCAAGUCAGACACAGUUAUCUGGAUCAUAUUUUCCACUGAACCCAAUGCAGCAGCUAAGAAUUCAUAGGCUUACAUGGAAAAUCUAUUGUAGGAUCUUAAAGAAGGAGUGGUUUAGAGUAGUAUGCUUUGAAAGCCAGCACUAUAUAAAGUGCAGGAGCUAUUGCUUGUCAAAUCACAUUAGCACAGUGAAAAAUGAAGGCUUCCUUUCACUAUAGCAGCUUCCUUGCAGACACAAACCAUUUGGGGAGGGGAAUUGUGAUACUUGGUAUUGAUUCCAGAUGAUGAUGUGCAGUCAAGGAGCCAUUUAUCAAUACAAGGAAAACAAUGCUGGUUCUUCUCCAUCCAAUUCUUAACAUUUAGAAGACUUAAUACUAGUUUCAGUGAAUUUUGGCCCACCGAGACUUAAUAUUUUUGCUUUUAUUCCUCCUUAAGUUUCUCUGUCAUAUCAUAGCUCAACACAAGAUUAAUUCUGCCUCUCAUCCUUUUCUUUUGCGAAUUCUUAAGGGACUAAUCAUCAGAACUGGGAAUGGAGAAAUGGCAAUUUUUCAAAUUUGAAGGGAAUUGAUACCCAAGCUUUUCUUUAAACAAAGAAAAAAAUAAAACAAGAUGACAAAUGUGUAAGUGACAGCGAAUGAAUUGAAUGAAUUGUUUAUUGUACCAGCCAUAGGCCAAGACAUCAAAUAAUAUACAGCCUUAAAAGUACAAUAAGCACUUUCCAAUAGAAACAUUAAAACUUAUUCUGUAUACCGGUUCUUUAAAAUUACAGUAGCAGCUACAUGAUUACAAUAACAAUGUCUGAUUUGUAUUAUCCCAAACUAUCUCCAUUUCUAGCCACUGCUGUGGACUUUACUAAUUUAGCUUGGGUUUUUUGACAGUGUGUUUCUACCCACUAAAAAAAUCAGCCAGAUGACAUGACUUUUGGACAAUAUGGUAUAUAUUUUUUCCUUUCUCUCCAUUUCUCAUGCCUAACUUUAUUCUUCAGAUAUGCUUUUAAAGAAAAUUGCUUGGGAAAAUUAAGUCAUAUUUACUGCUGCUGUCAUAAACUUCAGAGAAUGUGUAAAAGGGGGUAGAAAAAAGGCUUGUAUUUUUGUUGCUCUGAACAGAAAUCAAUACAAAUAGAUUCAUGAAAACUCUUGACUGUAUAGUAUCAAAGAGUGGAAAACUCAGGCCCAGAUGUUUUUUGCUGUAAGACUGCCACCAUCCAUAGCCAGCAUAGUUGAUGGUGCAGGAUUCUAGGAAUUGCCAUCUAAAAAUUUGUGCAGGGCUAAAGUUGGCAACCUCUGGAUAGAAGUUCAUCAGGCUGCUAUUCUGAUAUCAUAGGUUGUACUAGCACUUGCCCCUGCCCCUUUUUUGUACUAUAACUGUAGACUCACAAUCUGAAAUAAUAGAUUUUUCAAAGUCAGAAUUCAGUUUAGCAUUGAAAGCUAAGUGCAAGGCUAUACUAAUGCAGAAGCUCUGUAAGUAAAAUGCUUUUCAACUCAAUGCCCACAAAGGGUAGUUUUCAGCACCUAAGGAUUAAGCAGUGGCUUUGUUCCUGAGAGGAUUUAGUAAAGAAAGGGUGGGCUCUCCAACUGUUUUUUAAUUGCACCUUUCAUAAUUCCUCACAGGCCCCUUCUACACAGCUGUAUAAAAUCCAUAUUAAACUGGAUUAUAUGGCAGUGUGGACUUAGAUAACCCAGUUCAAAGCAGAUAUUCAGGAUUAUCUGCCUUGAUAUUAUGGGUUAUAUGGCGAUGUAGAAGGGCCCACAGUUGGCCAUGAUGGCUAGAGCUGAUGGGAGUUGUAGGGCAAAAACAUUUGGAGGAAUACAGCCAUCCACUCACUCCCUUCAGUAGAAAGAGACAUUCUAUUUUAUGCCAUGACUGCUUUGGUCUCAAGUCAACAUAACACAUAUCGACUGUUCCCUGCCCACCCACUUCAUUUCGGUAGCAUUUUUGGCCAGCAUGGGCAAAUCCUCAUGGAUUCCUGCUUCCAGAAAGCUCUGUCGUCAUCUCUGAAGACAGUCCCGAAAUCACACUCUUGUGCUGUCUGUUGGGUCUUUCUGUGUAAAAUUUCAUUUCGUUCCUGUCCAUGAGUGGUUGUCCCACCAGCAGUAAGAGACAGAGGGAGAGUACUAAACUCCAAAACCAUCCCUCCAAUUGUUAUUCCGUUUUAACCAUACUUGCAGGAAUCCUAGCUGUAGAAGCACCUAGUAUAUUACUUUGAUCCCAAGGUAACAAAUAGAGCAAAAUAUCCCCAAUCCUACAGAAUUUAUAUAGUAUUUUGUAUUCCGCAAAAUGAGUUAUGAUGUUCCAGGUUGUUACUGGUAUACUUUCCACUAGCCCAGGUUUUCUAGGUGCUGGUAGAAGACUGGAGCAUGAGAAAUCAGUAUAGGGCCUUGAGAAUAUGUUCUAACUUUGGGUGGCUGAACUGCAUUGUAGUUUUUAAAAAGGCAUGCAUACUCUACAACUGCCACAAUUCACCCUCUGCUUCCUAAUUUUUCAGCUGGUUUUAAAAAGUCCCAAUUUGUCUUUUGUCUUCCCAAUUUCUCCCCCUUGUCCCCAACUUACUUUGUUUUCUGCAAACAAUGACAUUGCCAGGAUACAGGAGGACCAGGCAAAAGCAAACUGCUUCUAUAGCCUCUGCUAGCUUUCAUGUUAUUUAUUAAUAACUUUGGGUUUUGCGACCACAUCCUGAUGUGACUUAGCAGGUUUUCAUCUGUGAAAUGUUGGAAGGUAUAGUCACAAUGUUGUAAGAGUUGGGUUCAUGUUAGGUGGAUUGCUUCAUCAGAUCCUAUUCCUCAUCUUAUGUGUUGGUGACAGUAGUAGGGAACCGCCUAAACGGUAUUAGCAGGAUGUCAGAGGGAGUGUGUAUUUGCAGGAUUUGUCGAGCUAAGCAAGCAAAAGGUGAUAAUCGGUGAAUGUAAAGAAAUACUUCAUAGCAGAAGGAAUCAAAUAUGUAGCAAGUAUGUAAUUUUGAGUGGGCAGUUAGUACAAGUUGUCAGAAGCCUCCAAUAUGUUGUUUUUCUGAAUAUAGCAAAUAACAGUAAAGCUCUCGUUUCUCAUGUACGGGUUAGUAUUGUCCUUCCAGUUUUAGCGGUGCUGCUAUGCCAGAUUUUACAAGUAGGUAAUAAAGGUGGGGAGGGGAGUUGUGUAUUAAUCUCUUGCUUAAUGUAGUUAAACCAAGAAAGGCAAUACUAAAGACAUGUUCCAAAUAUUUUACUGCACUGAUAACUAUUGUGACAUCUCUCAUCCUAACUCUUCAAAUGUUGGGGAAACUGUAUGCCAGUUUGCCCAAAAUAUUUGUAUGUGAAUGAUGGCUAGGAUUCCUUCUUUCCUUCUUUCCUUCCAUCCUUUUUUCCUUGCUUGGUGGGGCAACAUUACUGAAAGCAAAAGUACAUUUAACUUCACUUUCCAGACAAAGCCAAGGACUUACUAUGGUGCUGGGAUGGAUCAGACAAUUGCCAAGCUGGGAUUGUUUUUGUUUCUGGAUUGCUGUGACUUUUCUGGGUGUAUGGCCAUGUUCUCCUGACGUUUCACCCACAUCUGUGGUAGGCAACCUCAGAGGUUGUGAUGUCUGUUGAAAACUAGGCAAGGGAGGUUUAUUUAUAUAUCUGUGGAAGGUCCAGGGUGGGAGAAAGAAGUCUUGCCUGUUGGAGGCACGUGUGAAUAUUGCAAUUGGCCACCUUGAUUAGCAUUGAAUGGCCUGGCAGUUUCAAAGCCUGACUGCUUUCUGGGUGAAUCCUUUGUUAGGAGGUGUUAGCUGGCCCUGAUUGUUUCUUUUAAAAUCUGGACUAUUUUGAGGAAAUUUGAAAUACUUUAAUCUGUAAUUUCUAUUAGAAAAUAUAUGUAUUUCCCAUCCAUCUUAUUUUUUUUUUCUUUUCUUCACUAAUGUUUGCAUGUUUGACAACCUUUUCCAUGUUUGCUGUGGUUCAAGAGUGGUCUUUCUGCAUUCUAGAUCUUUCUAUCUUUCUAGAGCUUGCCGACUCCAUUGGAAGAAAACCCACCUGAUAAAGAUUCUGGAUUCAAGCUGGUUUGACUGGGAUUCUAGAAUUCUGACAUAACACUUUGCUUUAUAUAUUUAAAGAAGGAUGAAAAAACUGUGACCUAAUGGCAAUAAUUACCUCAAAUGUGGGCAUUCAUCUUAGUUUUAGCUCCCUCCCCUCCUGAAAAACAUGUAGCCAGCUUAAAUUUGGGGUUAUGGAGUUUUUAAAAAAGCUCUCUAUAUGGGCCGAAUAAGGAUAAAUGCCCAUCUGGUCAUUGUUGCUUUUGAAUGAGUCUUUAAAAAAAAUAAAACGAUGAAACCAAGGAUUAGAUUUAUGCUUUUAUGUAUUCUAAUUAAUUGUGAUGUUGAAAUGCACAUGUAAGUAUAUAUGUUCAUAGCUACUGUAAAAGUGCUUCGGCCUUCUUGAAGAUAUUUAAUGAAUCACAUUUUAAACCAAUAUGAACUGAACAACAGACUGUGGCUACUAAAAUAUUUCUUGCAACAUUUUAUAGUUAUGGUGUUUUAUAGUUUAUAUUUAAACUGGUACUUUCUAACGAAAUGUUCUGUUUUUAAUGAUAUCUUCUGAAUCUCAAUACUGCUAUCCUUUUCCUUUUUGAUCAUUUUGCCCUUUCAAAAACAAAAGUAGACGUGUGUCCUCAAUAUGUACGUUCUGUUUCUGCGGUAUAACAUAGUAGUAGGAAGUCAGAUCAGGUAAAAUGAUUCCAGAUUUAAGUAGGGAAAAAAAUCACUCCAUGCAUGUUGAAAAUCUAGCAAGUAGAAUCUAUUUUUAAUUUAAAAGCUGAAACAUUGAAACUUUUGGGAGAUAAAUCAAGAAGCACAAGAAUUUCCAACUAACCUUUUCACAGAGGUAGCAGUCCUAAACGCUUUUACUAGAACUAAACCCCAAUGAACAUGGUGGGACUUACUUUUGAGUAAACAUGUAUUGGAUUCUGCUCCUAAUUUAAGCAGAAAUACCUGUAUGUUGAGAAGUCAAGGUAUUCCAAGCAAAUGAUGUUUUGAAUAAGUGGAAAGACUCAGAGCUACUUCACACAGCUACGUCAUUGUGUGUUGACCAACUAUAAUCAUGUGAGCAUGUAGAAUCAUGUGCUUUAGAAUGACCUUGUUAAAAUAGCAAUCAUUUAUCACCUUUGGUGUGUUAUAUGACAUUUUAGCUGCAAAAUCUUGGAAGCACUGCACUUGGUAUGUCUCAACCCACACCCUAAUGUUGAUCAAUUGGCAUCUAUAGUGAUGGUUAUCUUUCAAGUCACGAGUCUUCACUUGCACCCCUUGCAAAUGUCUCCAUCAGGGAGAACAACGUUUUUGGAUUCAUCACACUCGAAUAGUGGUUCUCAACCUGUGGGUCCUCAGGUAUUUUGGCCUACAACUCCCAGAAAUCCCAGCCAAUGUACCAGAUGUUAGGAUUUCUGGGAGCUGAAGGCCAAAACAUCUGGGGAUCCUCAGGUUAAGAAGCAGUUCACUAGAACAUGGAUCCACUUUAAAACCAGUUUCAGCCUCCUGCAGAAUUCUGGGGCUUGCAGUUUAGGAAGGAGCCUUUAAACUGCUCAGCCGGAGAGGUCCUGGUCUCACUAAACUACAAACCCCAUAAUUCUGCAGGAGGCAGAAACUGGAAUUGAAGUGGAUCCAUGUUCCAGUGUGAUGAGGCUGCAAGUCUCCAAAUGCUGAAUUUCAGUUCCCGAGACAAGACCUUGGAUUGUUUUGGGGAGGAGAGGCUGUGCUCUGAUUUUGCUAUCCUUGGGUAUACUUCUCUAUAUUGAGUUAUAGCUGUCACUCUAGAUUCUCUUUAAACCCCCAACAAUGAAGAACUUGACCAGAUCCUUUAAAGUUCAUUGACAGUAGAUUGGAUUCUGUUCUCCUAUUGUCCGUUGUCAUGUAUAUUUGGCUGCAGCCUGUCUUUUUAUUUCUUUCUCUUUUCUCUUCGAAAUCUGUUUCUAUGUGGGUGGUUCUUGUUGUUUUUCUUACAGUCAAGUUAACCAGUGAAUAUGAAUGGAGAUCUUCUGCUGGGCAAAGAAAUAGUGUGAGACAAUAAAAGCUACAGGAAUCGGCAAGACAAAAUUAAAAUAAUUCUGCCCGAACGGCUGGAUGUUAUUAUGGAAUUGACAAUCUCAGCAAAAUCCCAUUUCAGUGCCAGUUUGUGAAUUACAAGGGAGAAAUGCACUGCUUUUGACACCCUCCCCCACUCCCAUUUCAAAUUAAACCGUGAGUCCUUUUCAGUAAACCCAUUGAAAGCCAUGGACUCCACUGUAUCAUUCACAUUAUCAGAUUUAUAAUUUGGGAUAUGGCUCUAUCACCAUUUUGAAAGCGUAAGAAGAAGAGGCCUAUUAUGGCUGGACCUGGAGGCCUUUGGGGAAGAGAAAGUGGCCGAUUUCCAUAGAUUGGUGGCAUAUUUGAGCCAUUGGCUCUCUCAAAUACCAUUUGUUCUUCCUUUUAUAUCAGAGCUAGACCCAAUAUCUGCAUUUUCGUUUGCAAGGGCUACAUGCUGUCCUUCUUUUUCUUUCCUCCCUUGCUCUUGGAGCCUAUAAAGCACAAAAGGGGGUCUUUUUUAAAACAUGGGCCAUCCAUACUCCAUAGGGUCUGUCCCCAGAAAGGGAAAUACUUCAUCCGACACUUCCAGUUUGUGAUGGUUUUCCUGAAACACUUUGUUUUGGGAUUUUUCUGUUUCCAUGGCAUUCCAAUGCAUAACUGUUUUGGGAAUAGGAAUUAUUUCCUCGGCUCUUGUGCUUCACCAGCAUCGAACAUUUCUGUUGUUUCCUUUUCAAAACAAAAACAAGGCUUUUUUGGUGCCAAAACAGUAUACAAACAAAAUUGGAAUGUAUAACCUAUAAAUUGUAUACCAAAAGCAUUUUUGUCCCAAAAGAGGGGAAGAUAAUAGCUUUAUUUAAUAGGGGAGAAAUAGAGGCAGUUUCUUUGGCAUUUAAGAGUCCAUACCAGGCAUGGGCAAACCUUGGCCUUCCAGGUGUUUUGGACUACAACUUCCAGAAUUCCUAACAGCCUCAGGCCCUUUCCUUUCCCCCCUCAGCUGCUUAAGCGGCUGAGGGGGGAAAGGAAGGGGCCUGAGGCUGUUAGGAAUUCUGGGAGUUGUAGUCCAAAAUACCUGGAGGGCCAAAGUUUGCCCAUGCCUGGUCUAUACUGUGGUCAUGUGCUUUUGAGAUUUUAUUUCCUACUCCCUUUUUUUCCCUUUUGUAAGCUCAGUAUGAUCCAAAUGGAAAAGAAAACGCUUAGUACAGAAAAAAGAUUUUUUUUCUUAAAAGAUUUGCAAAAGUUUCGAAACAGUUUCCGAAACAGAAAGAAAAGACACCUCUUUGCCCUCUCGCCCGAUUGAUACUUUGCAAGGUCCCGUUUCCCAUAAACAACAUCAUCUCAGUUCAGAUACCCCACAAAAAGCCCUGAUUGGUUGUAUUCUUUCACUGUAUGGUUCUGUACUGAGUGUUAAUCCAUGUUAAAAACUUUGUGGAAAUUAUUGUGUGCGACAGUAUUUUCUUGUGUAUUGCUUUUCCCCCUCCCUUUUCUGUGAAUUGUCCCCUUUCCCCCCCUCUCUUUUUUUUCUUUUGUUAUUUUUUUACCCUUCUGGUAAUGUCUUUGAAAAAAAAACCAGAAAAGAAACUGACGUGUUGUAGAACUAUAUGUAACCUAUUCCUUAGUCUCAUAUUAUAGGUAUGUUAUAAGAAUGGAUAUUUUACUUGGCUUUAGAAUGUUUUACACGAAAACUAAUUCUUAACCAAUCAAGUUCUUGCUACUAAAAAAAAUUGCUUGUGUUUCUCAUCAUGGCGUUGUGUGCUUCUAAUUAAUAAUCAUUUUCGUUGUAGAAAAAUGGAGUGAAUUUAUAUUAGACUUGAAAACUAAUAAUAGCAUUGUAAAUUUAUGAGAUGAUUUUAACAGAAAAAAAGCAUUAUAGAAGAAUAUAGUUAUUUUAAUUGUAAUAUUACUAACUGUAGGGUGAGAAAGGGGGUCCCAUUGUGGUGAACUAUGUUAUAGCUUGUUAUUCACAGUUUCUUUUGAUCAUUUUUUCGGUCUCUGAAGUGAAACGAGUUAUUAAUCAGAAUUUGUAAACUCACAUAUGCAUAUUGUAUAUGUGUAGAAAUGUAAUCACACUUUGUCUUGGAAUUACAUUAAACUGUUUUAAGUCAC